UCCAGGAUGCAGGAACAGAGACCAGACUCUCCUGGACCCAACUGUGGGGAACAGAGACCAGACUCUCCUGGACCCAGCUGUGUGUCCAUGAAGAGUGACCGGUCUAAUGGUCGCCUUCUUAACUUUAAAGAUGGACUUCCUGCUGAUGGAAGGAUGCAGGAACAGAGACCAGACUCUCCUGGACCCAACUGUGGGGAACAGAGACCAGACUCUCCUGGACCCAGCUGUGUGUCCAUGAAGAGUGACCGGUCUAAUGGUCGCCUUCUUAACUUUAAAGAUGGACUUCCUGCUGAUGGAAGGAUGCAGGAACAGAGACCAGACUCUCCUGGACCCAACUGUGGGGAACAGAGACCAGACUCUCCUGGACCCAGCUGUGUGUCCAUGAAGAGUGACCGGUCUAAUGGUCGCCUUCUUAACUUUAAAGAUGGACUUCCUGCUGAUGGAAGGAUGCAGGAACAGAGACCAGACUCUCCUGGACCCAGGAUGCAGGAACAGAGACCAGACUCUCCUGGACCCAGGAUGCAGGAACAGAGACCAGACUCUCCUGGACCCAGGAUGCAGGAACAGAGACCAGACUCUCCUGGACCCAGCUCUGUGUCCAUGAAGAGUGACCGGUCUAAUGGUCGCCUUCUUAACUUUGAAGUUGGACUUCCUGCUGAUGUAAGAGUUCAACAGGAGAGCUCUGAGGUUCACAGAGAUCAACCAGACCAGCAGAAUCCAACAGUCCUGGACUCCAUCUUUAUGCUGCUGGAGGAGAACAUCGUCACCUUUGUGAAGAACGAGCUGAAGAGAGUCCAGAGGGUUCUGAGUCCAGAUUACCCAGAAUGCUUAGAGAGUCAGAGUGAGGAUGAAGAGCAGGGGGGAAGCUGUAAAGAGGAUUUUUUGAGGAUCAGUCUCCACUUCCUGAGGAGAAUGGAGCAGGAGGUGAUGGCGGACUGUCUACAGCAAAGAACAUUUGGUGCAAUGUGCCAACAAAAUCUCAGAUCUAACCUGAAGGAGAAGUUCCAAUGUGUGUUUGAGGGGAUUGCUAAAGCAGGAAACCCAACCCUUCUGAACCAGAUCUACACAGAGCUCUACAUCACAGAGGGAGGGACUGGAGAGGUUAAUGAUGAACAUGAGGUCAGACUGAUUGAAACAGCAUCCAGGAAACCACACAGACCAGAAACAACCAUCAGACAAGAAGACAUCUUUAAAGCCUCACCUGGAAGAGAUGAACCAAUCAGAAGAGUGAUGACAAAGGGAGUGGCUGGCAUCGGGAAAACAGUCUUAACACAGAAGUUCACUCUGGACUGGACUGAAGACAAAGCCAACCAGGACAUACACUUCACAUUUCCAUUCACUUUCAGAGAGCUGAAUGUGCUGAAAGAGAAAAAGUUCAGCCUGGUGGAACUUGUUCAUCACUUCUUUCCUGAAACCAAAGAAGCAGGAAUCUGCAGGUUUGAAGAGUUCCAGGUUGUGUUCAUCUUUGACGGUCUGGAUGAGUGUCGACUUCCUCUGGACUUUAAAAACAACAAGACCCUGACUGAUGUCACAGAGUCCACCUCAGUGGAUGUGCUGCUGACAAACCUCAUCAGGAGGAAACUGCUUCCCUCUGCUCGCCUCUGGAUAACCACACGACCUGCAGCCGCCAAUCAGAUCCCUCCUCAUUGUGUUGACAUGGUGACAGAGGUCAGAGGGUUCACUGACCCACAGAAGGAGGAGUACUUCAGGAAGAGGUUCAGAGAUGAGGGUCAGGCCAGCAGGAUCAUCUCCCACAUCAAGACAUCCAGAAGCCUCCACAUCAUGUGCCACAUCCCAGUCUUCUGCUGGAUCACUGCUACAGUUCUGGAGAAUGUGCUGAAGACCGGAGAGGGAGGAGAGCUGCCCAAGACCCUGACUGAGAUGUACAUCCACUUUUUGGUCGUUCAGUCCAAACUGAAGAACAUCAAGUAUGAUGGAGGAGCUGAGACAGAUCCACACUGGAAUAAAAAGAGCAGGAAGAUGAUAAAGUCCCUGGGAAAACUGGCUUUUGAGCAGCUGCAGAAAGGAAACCUGAUCUUCUAUGACUCAGACCUGACAGAGUGUGGCAUCAAUAUCAGAGAAGCAUCAGUGUACUCAGGAGUGUUCACACAGAUCUUUAAAGAGGAGAGAGGACUGUACCAGGACAAGGUGUUCUGCUUCAUCCAUCUAAGCGUUCAGGAGUUUCUGGCUGCUCUUCACGUCCAUCUGACCUUCAUCAACUCUGGAGUCAAUCUGAUGUCAGAAGCUCAAACAACAUCCAGGUGGUCUGAAGUAUCCAGAGAAAAACCUGACCCAACACUUUUAUAUCAGAGUGCUGUCGACCAGGCCUUACAGAGUCCUAAUGGACACCUGGACUUGUUCCUCCGCUUCCUCCUCGGUCUUUCUCUAGAGACCAAUCAGAAUCACAUACUAGAUCUGCUGAAACAGACAGGAAGUGGCUCAAAGACCAAUCAGGAAACAGUCAAGUACAUCAAGGAGAAGAUCAGUGAGGAUCUGUCUGCAGAGAAAAGCAUCAAUCUGUUCCACUGUCUGAAUGAACUGAAUGAUCGUUCUCUAGUGGAGGAGAUCCAACAGUUCCUGAGAUCAGGAAGUCUCUCCACAGAUAAACUGUCUCCUGCUCAGUGGUCAGCUCUGGUCUUCAUCUUACUGUCAUCAGAAAAAGAUCUGGACGUGUUUGACCUGAAGAAAUACUCUGCUUCAGAGGAGGCUCUUCUGAGGCUGCUGCCUGUGAUCAAAGCUUCGAACAAAGCUCUGCUGAGUGGCUGUAACCUCUCAGAGAGAAGCUAUGAAGCUCUGUCCUCAGUCCUGAGCUCCCAGUCCUCUAGUCUGGGAGAGCUGGACCUGAGCAACAACAACCUGCAGGAUUCAGGAGUGAAGCUGCUGUCUGCUGGACUAAAUAGUCCACUCUGUAGACUGGACACUCUCAGGUUAGUUUGCAGGUUUUUAAAAAUAAUGCUCUUAAUCACUGCACGAAUUAAUCAAUUUAUUGACUUGUUGAAAUCCCUCUUCAGGCUGAAUGGCUGUAACCUCUCAGAGAGAAGCUGUGAAGCUCUGUCCUCAGUCCUCAGCUCCCAGUCCUCUAGUCUGAGAGAGCUGGAACUGAGCAACAACAACCUGCAGGAUUCAGGAGUGAAGCUGUUGUGUAGUGGUUUGGAGACUCUGCCCUGUACACUGGACACUCUCAGGUCAGGACUUGUUCAUGUAAAAGUUCACCAAAUAAACUUGCAUGUACUUCUUUUAUUUGAUAUUUUAAUUUACCUACAAAAUAUCCUCUUCAGGCUGAGUGUCUGUAACCUCUCAGAGAGAGGCUGUGAAGCUCUGUCCUCAGUCCUGAGCUCCCAGUCCUCUAGUCUGAGAAAGCUGGACCUGAGCAACAACAACCUGCAGGAUUCAGGAGUGAAGCUGCUGUUUGCUGGACUAAAUAGUCCACCUUGUAGACUGGACAUUCUCAGUCUGUCAGGUUGUCUGAUCACAGAAGAAGGUUGUGAGUCUCUGGCCUUAGCUCUAAGCUCCUCCCACCUGAGAGAGCUGGACCUGAGCUACAAUCAUCCAGGAGAACAAGGAGGGAAGCUGCUGUCUGCUGGAGUGGAGGAUCCACACUGCAGACUGGAGACACUGAGGUUGGACCAUGGUGGACUGCACAGACUGGAUCCUGGUCUUAGGAAGUACACCUGUGAGCUGGAACUGGACACAAACACAGUGAACAAAGAACUGGAACUGUGUGACAACAACAGGAAGGUGACACGUGUGAAGGAGGAUCAGUCGUAUCCUGAUCAUCCAGACAGAUUUGAAUACUGGCGUCAGCUGCUGUGUGGGACUAGUCUGAUUGGUCGCUGUUACUGGGAGGUCGAGUGGAGAGGAAAGGUUGAUGUAUCAGUGAGUUACAGAGGAAUCAGAAGGAAAGGAAAAAAUACUCUAUGUGUGUUUGGACAUAAUGAUCAGUCCUGGAGUCUGAUCUGCUCUGAUGGAGGUUACUCUGUCAGGCACAAUGAGAGAGAAACAGACAUCUCCUCCUCCUCCUCUGUCUCUAACAGAGUAGCAGUGUAUGUGGACUGUCCUGCUGGCUCUCUGUCCUUCUACAGAGUCUCCUCUGACACACUGAUCCACCUCCACACCUUCAACACCACAUUCACUGAACCUCUCUAUCCUGGGUUUAUUCUCUGGUCUCUUGGUGCUUCAGCGUCUCUGUGUCCUGAGUCGGUUUAGUGUACGACAUGUUAUACGAUAUACGUGAUGACGUUAAGACAAAGGGUAGGCUGUAUGUUACUGGAAAAAGUGUGGAAUAAAGCAGCAUGAAAGCUGUCCAAGCGUGGCGAUAUCGUUGGUGUUAAUACGGUCAGAAACUCUACAAAUGGAUCUCAAAUGGACUGCGGUUUUGACGAGUAGCCUAACUUCUACCAGUGCAUGAAGUUUAAUCUGUUGAGGAGGAGGAGGAGGAGGAAAAGCAUGGCGCUAAGUUUACCAGCGGUAGCUCCCUUUGAUGUGACCAGUGACUCGGCUAAUGUCGGUGUUCGCUGGCAGAAGUGGAUAAAUAGUUUCAAACUCUAAUUAUUAGAGUUCAGGAUACCUUCAUCAUGCUGGAUGACACGGCAGAUGGUGCUGACUGUGAUGGAGCGGUAGACAAAUUGAAUGAAUAUUUCACUCCCCUAUUAGAGACGCGUGUUUAGACAAACGGAACAAGCUCAAGGAGAGUCAAAGUUUUGGGAGCAGAUUAAAGAAGCUGGCAGUAACUCUGAGAAUAUUAACCUCCUCCAUCCCCCCAGGACUAAACUCCACACCGUAGGAGACCGGGCCUUCUGCGCCACUGCUGCCAGUCUGUGGAACGCUCUCCCCGACCAGCUGAGGGCGCCACAGUCACUUUUAAAAGGGCCCUUAAAACCCACCUUUUCAACAGAGUCUUUUCCUAGUGUUUGUAGUUUCCUUACUUUCCUUUUUAAUGAUGAAAUUGUCUCUGUAGCACUUUGAGAUUUUUACCAAAAAAAAAGUAUUUUUAUUAUUAUUAUUAAAUUCUUCCUCCUGCUGUCUUCAUAUUCUGCGAACAGGUUUUUUCACAAAAGUUUCCCAAGUCAUGGCUCCAGAUCUGUUACUAAGUGUAAACUUGUCUCUUCUCUCAGGUGUCUUCUCCCACAGGUCCUGAAAACAGCAGUCAUCAAGCCACUUUUAAAAAAGAACAAUUGAGACAAUGAUGAACAAUUACAGGCCGAUAUGAAAUCUUCCUUUGUUAGGUCAAAUGAUAGACAAAGCUGUUUUUCAACACCUUAAAGGGGAUAUAAUAUAAAAAAUCCACUUUUACAGUGUUUUUGAACAUAUAUUUGGGUAACCUGAGUGUCUACUGACCCAUAAAAUGUGAAAUAAACCCAUCCAGUCCUUUGUUUGUGGUC